GUGCUAGUUUAGUGAAUUAACCGCUAUCGUGAAAGUUGUUUUACUUUUUUUGUGUCUAAACAUGGCUUCCCUAAGUCAGACAUCGUUUUCUAUGCACGUGGUGCACGUUCUAGGGAUAGCGGCCGCCCAUUGUCUGCUUCUGUGCGUAAAAUUAUCGUCCGCGGAACCUUUCGAUAAAUACUAUCUGUCUGAAGUUCCGGAAUAUUACGCUGGAUACGACCAACAAUGUGGAUACAACACAAAGUGUUCAGGUGAUCAGAGUUGCCCUAGCCAGGAGAUGUUCGGUGAGUACGAGAAGGAAGCCUUCAUCAAGGCGGUCGCCGAGAUGCUGAGCAACGAAGAGCAAGCACAGAACAGCUGCUACCGCAUCGGGAAGGACGAAUUCGACUUCGGACUCUUCCAGACAAAUUCCAUCAACCCGAACGAAGAUCUAGACUUACGGCGUACGCUUACGACGGACAAGUUUUUGAAGACGUUGGCAAAGAAGGUGGGAAAAUGUCAGUUGCGAAAUCUGCUGGAUGGGAAAUGUUAUGCCAAUUUGACGCUGUCUUGCUGCAAUGGUUCCGAGCAGAUUGCCUGCGAUCCGAACGAUCCCUAUCGUACAUACGAUGGAAGCUGCAAUAAUCUGCAGCACCCUAGCUGGGGUAAGCGUGGAAGUGCGUUGAAGCAUCCCUUCGCACCGUGCUAUAGUGAUGUCGUUUCAAAGCCGGCCCGCAGCAAAUCAGGAGCACCGUUGCCCCAAAACCGGAAGCUCAUCUCCGAGUUGGCCAACUUCCUGGAUAAGUAUGGUCCCAACACAUCUUCGUCGCUGAACAUGUUCAUGGUGUUCUGGAUGGAGGUGAUGAAUUCGGAUAUGAUUGGUCGCGCAAACAAGCGAUCAAAGUGUCCGACACAAGGAUUUCGGGGCUGUCGCGCGGAUGGCCUGGAUCGAAGCGCUUUCGUGUCCACUCUGUCGAAUCCUCUGCGCAUACCGUCGGACGACCGGUACUAUGGUGGGUCCGGUAUAAGCUGUCUCAACUUUAGCCCGCAGGAGAAGGCAAACGAUCGGUGUGAGUUGAAGCACGUGGGAGAUCGUAACAAGGAAACCAGUUAUUUAGAUCUGUCCAGCUUGUACGGUCCAGCGCCGCACUACGAUGCAAACGGAAAGCUACCGUUGUACCACUGUGGAGCAACGGCAUCGAUAGCCAAAGCGUCACCACUCGCCGUACAGUUUGUUGCCAUCAUUGGGCUGUUCGGUAAGCUGCACAACUACUGUGUGGAUCGGGUUCGAUCGUGUCCCAAGUCUAAGGGCUCGGUACAGGAGCGCUGUCGGGCGCUUACGAUCGGUGUUUAUCAAAAGAUCAUUUACGCACAGCUGUUCCCGCUGCUGUUUGGCGAUGAGCUGUACAACCUGUGUGGUUUCGAUUGCGAGUAUAAUCCGUAUGCGGAGAGUGCUGUUUCGCAGGCGUACAAAAAUGCGAUCGGCAGGUUCCCGCACGUAUGGGUUACGGAUGAGGUGAAGUAUAAGCAGGACGGUAGGAGCCAAUGGCGACCGCUGAACGAGUAUUUCCGCAAUCAUGAGUCGUUCGAUUGUUCGGCAACGCUAGCAGGAGUGUUAGAGACACCCAUGCAGACCGAUCGACUGGUUGAUGCGAUUGUGAACAAGUUUUUCUCCGCUGAUGGACAGCGAGGUAGCUGUCUGCCCUGCCUUGAUCUGGCACGCAAUCGUGACUCUGGGCUAUGUCCGCUGGUGCAACACAAGCACUUCGUCGAACAGAUUGUUGGGGAAGAGAGCAAAUGCUACAACACGUUCGACGAUCUGCGCGAUAUGUUUAGCCCGGAGUUGAUCGAGUUCUUCGCACGGCACUACGAGCAUCCGGGCGACAUCGAUGUACUGUUUGCCAACAUGGAUCAUCGGGCAUAUCCUGGUGCGAACCUGCCGAAACUCGUGUCACAAUCCUUCUGUAUUGAGUUUAAGCGGCUCAAGUGUACGGAUCGGUUCUUCUACACCUGGAAUCCAAACUUGGGAGAAGGAGCUAAACAUCUGAUCGAGAUUCUUGAUUUCACUGCUCUGUUGGCACUGUUUACCGACAUGGAUGAGGUCCCGCUGGAACCAUUCCUGGUUGACAGUCCGAAGGUUGCUGCAACGGAUGUGAGAAAGUAUCUGGAAAGCGUCGACUAUCUUUAUUGUCAAGUGUAAGACUGUAUUGCAGCUACGGUGUGAAAAUAAAGUGUAUCGCAAAGUGAUUGUGAUAUCAUAGCAAUUUAAA